AUGGAUUCGAGGCUCUACAGGUGUGCGAGUAGGGGUGAUGUCCGGUCCCUGAAGAGGCUGCUCAAAGAGACUCCGAGCCUGAUCCUGAGACUUACCCCCCAAGGAAACUCGAUUGUCCACAUUGCCUCUCGAUUGGGACAUGGACCAGCUGUACAGGAGAUCUGCAGAAGAUGCAAGUCCCUCUUGACAAAACCGAAGGCAGACGGGGACACUACUCCUCAUGCCAGCUUGGUGUUUGGCGGAUUUGCUGAUGGAGGUCGAUCUCAGCAGGUUUACUACAGUAAUCACAUUGGAGAGUUCCCUCUGUAUCUGGCAGCUAAAAGCAGAAUGGCAGAGAUUGUAAAUCGAAUUCUGAUGUUCCUGUCAGCACCAAGUGGCGUGUGCCAUGGCCAAUCGGCUCUCCAUGGUACUGUGAUUGAGAGGCAUCCUGCUUCCUCUGGAGACCACAAUAUGCUGGAGAGAUUACGAGGAUUCGAUUUCUUGUCUGCAUAUGCAAUGGACAGGAACGGUCAUUCACCUCUCCAUGCUGCUGCUCUUUCGGGUCACAGGAAGGUCAUCUUGGAGAUUCUUCGGCACUGUUCUGAUUCAGGAGAACUCCUUGACCUCAACGGACAAAUGCUCUUCACCUUGCUGUCUUAA